UGCAGGAAAGCAGUAGGUGACAGCAAAACUCCUCCUUUUCUCGCAGUGAUCAGGAGUGCUCUGUGGUGAACAUGGCAGAUGCAGAUUAAGGUCCAGGGGGCUGCCGCCGCCUCCUCCUCACUAUACAACUUGUUGGCUGCCCAGCAAUUUCCCGUGUCGCUGGCUGGAGAGGUAGCUGGCCGGGGAAGAGCAGCCGGGUUCGGGGCUGUGUGUGUGUGGUGGGGAAGAGAGGCGCCCUGGGCUGUGUGAUGAUCCGGGUAUGGAGGGCAAGCAGGGGGGAGCAUCUGGGGCCGCUGCUUUGCUGCUGAGCCGCUCCGGGAGCCGCGGGGCACAGCAGGGACCAGCUGCCAGGCGGCGUGCCAGCCACUGCUGCUGGGCUCGGGGGCGGCGUGUCCCCCUUCCCAGGGCGGCGGCGGCGGCAGCGCUGGGCUGGGUCUGAUCGCUCCUUGCAGUGCCGCUCGCUGCCGCGGCGCUUAUCAGCUCAGCGCCCUUCCUCUGCGCGGCAGGCAGGGGCGGAGGGCGCACACGGGGGGAAAGGGGGCGCCGAGCCGGCCAGGGCCAGAGAGCAGCAGCCAUGCUGCCCGGGGUGGGGGUGUUCGGCACCAGCCUCACCGCCCGGGUCAUCAUCCCGCUGCUGAAGGACGAGGGCUUCUCGGUCAAAGCGAUUUGGGGCCGGACCCAGGAGGAGGCGGAGGAGCUGGCCAAGGAGAUGAGCGUCCCCUUCUACACCAGCCGGAUAGACGAGGUCUUGCUGCACCAGGACGUGGACCUGGUCUGCAUCAACCUGCCGCCACCGCUCACCAGGCAGAUCGCGGUCAAAACCCUGGGCAUUGGAAAAAAUGUUAUCUGUGACCGAACAGCAACUCCCCUGGAUGCCUUCAGGAUGAUGUCUGCGGCACAUUAUUACCCCAAGCUCAUGAGCAUCAUGGGGAACGUUCUCCGCUUCCUGCCUGCCUUUGUGAAAAUGAAGCAGCUGAUUCAGGAGGGCUAUGUGGGGGAGCUGCUGGUGUGUGAGGUGCAGGUGCACAGCGGAAGUCUGCUGGGCAAGAAGUACAACUGGAGCUGUGAUGACCUGAUGGGGGGCGGGGGUUUGCACUCGGUCGGUACCUAUAUCAUCGACCUCUUGACCUUCCUCACCAGCCAGAAGGCUGUGAAAGUGCAUGGGCUGCUCAAGACCUUUGUGAAACAGACAGACCACAUCAAGGGAAUACGUCAGAUCACCAGUGAUGACUUUUGCACGUUUCAAAUGGUUCUGGAAGGAGGGGUGUGCUGCACUGUGACCCUUAACUUCAAUGUCCCCGGGGAAUUCAAACAGGAUAUUAUUAUGGUAGGUUCAACUGGUCGACUGAUUGUAAUAGGCACUGAUCUGUAUGGGCAGAGCAACAGCUCUCCUCAAAGAGAGCUCCUUCUAAAGGACUCUAUGCCAGUCAGCAACUCCUUACUGCCUGAGAAAGCAUUCAGUGAUAUCCCAUCCCCAUACCUUCAGGGCACUAUUAAGAUGGUACAGGCCAUCCGGCAAGCGUUUGAGGACCAGGAUGACAGGAGAACCUGGGAUGGGAGGCCCCUCACCAUGGCUGCGACUUUCGAUGACUGCCUGUAUGCCUUGUGCGUAGUGGACACCAUUAAAAAGUCAAAUCAACUAGGGGAAUGGCAGAACAUUGCAAUCAUGACAGAAGAGCCUGAGCUGAGCCCUGCAUACCUGAUCAGUGAAGCCAUGCGUAGGAGCAGAAUGUCUCUGUACUGCUAGCUUCACUCAGCUCUUAGAAAGGAAUUGAAACAACACAGCUCUUAAAGAAUAAUUCAGACAGCAUAAGGAUUUGGACAUAUAAAAGUUUGACAAAUUUGGUGUUUAAACCAACUAAACUAGUUGGUGCCUCUAUACUACGGUGAUGGGAGCAUUAGAAAUGCCUAAGCUAGACAGCUGGAAAUGAGAAUUGUUUAAGGGCUGACCUAAAUAACUCGUGUUAACUGUUUAGCAGCAGUAUUAACUGUCUGGAUAGCGAGAUAUCAUGGAAUCAGUCUCCUGCAUGGAAGUGCUUAGCUGAUCCAGUUGUGUUUACUGUGAAAGUUCAGGAAGGUCCUUUUUGACUUACCUGUCCUGCCAGAGGGCUGUGAAGGCUCUGUCAUGUCAGAGAGUCUCCUGUGGCAUCUGACGUGAAGAGUUCCUACCAUGCCAGCUGACAACACCACACUGUACUACUACAUUACUAACGAGUUCUUAGAAUAAGAAGACUUGGUGUGACCAAGUGUCAUGUGACCUGGACAAACUUGGCAGCUCAAUUUUCAUAGUUUAUUCUGAGGGUUUUUUUUUAUUUUAUUUUUUUUUAACACAAUUAAGUAGGGAACAUUGUGGCUUUUGUAAACAAGUCCGUCUCCAACAGCAGCUCAUAUAACUGUGGGGGAUUGGGAAAGCAUUCUACAAGCUCAUGUUAAGUUUCAAUGUUAGCUCUACAGAUGUGCUCAUAAAGAAGGCUUGUGCAAAACGUUCAUCAGCAAAAUCCAGGCCAUGUGACACUCUCUGAUUUGGGGUUUGUUACACAGCCAAAACUUGGGCCAGGUUUACACACUUCCUGUGAGCCUGGGAUUGAGUUCUGAGUGAACCGGGCUCGAAUUAUGGCAAAGAAUAUACAAAACUAAGUGGGCUUCUACCCGAAAGCUAUGUUUUGCGUUUUUGUGUUUUUAAAUGUAUGUGAACCUCAACCUAAACGAAAAAAUCUGCACCAGCCACCAAGUUCCACGUUGCUCAGCCCAGAAGCUUUCAGCUCCUGAAAAUGGAAGGUCUGAAUGAUAAACCACAAAGAAUGAGAAAAAUUCUUAAAGAUUUGCAGGGAAAAAAGCAAAAACCUCCUUACCUGCCUAAAGUCAACAGCCACAGGUACUGUGCUGACUGUUCCCUUUGUCAUCAAUGCAGGAACUGACAAAUGGUCUCUGGUUUACUUAUCCUCUUUGUCUUUAAUGUCUUAGGCCCUGCUCUUGCAAACAUUUUAUGCGGAUGCUUGUGAAUUGUCCUGGUGAGCUCUGUGGGACUCCUCUUGUGCAUUAAGCUACUCACGUGUUCACGAGUUUGCAGCAUCGGGGCUGCAGCUAUGGAAAAUAACACAACAAAAUGUAAUCCCCAAAAGAAUACAAAGCAAAAUUACAUUUGUCUUAAACUAUAGCAAAACGACUUGUUUUGGUUAAUCUGAUUGUGGGGGGCGGAGGGAAACCUCUUAGAAGAUUUAUGCUAUAAGGAUUGGGAGAGAAAUUUUGAACCUUUUUCUCAGGGACACCAGGUCAGUAUACUAAUUAAUUGUUUAGAUUACAAAAAUUAUGAUUCUUUACAUAAAAAAAAAUGUUUACAGCUGAGUCAUCUGUAGGGGUGCUUAGAGCUCCCUUAGGAAUCCUGCUACUGACCCCUACCUUAUUACCUUGGUCUCUUGACUGCUAUGGUCUAGGCUUUAGUGCUGCAUUUACUGAACUGGGAGAGCAAUGCUAAGUACAAAUUUUAUUAGAAAAAAUAUGUAAAAUCCUAGAUAUUUGUGAACUUUCAUGACUUUUUUUACUGAGAUCUAUAAAUAGCGUGAAUAAUGGAGGAAAAAGGUCAUACAGUUUGUUUAAAUAAUAUUGUGAAAUGAAUCAGUCUAUUGGAUGAUUACUGUUUGACCAGCUCUAGCAAUUGUAUCUGUUGUUUACUGCUUCUGCUAGAGCCUUGGGCAAGGAUGCAGGGCUUCUCCUGCCAGGGUCUCAAGUUUCUAUUUUUUUUUCCAGUUGUUUAAAAUUAUUCCUUGGAAAAUAAUUGUCAAUGAAGUAAUUAAGCAAAUAGGAAAUAGCCAAGAUUACAAUCGUCGUUGCAUACAACACUAUUCCUUUAUUUAAAUAAACCUGCUAUCACACACACACCCACACACAACCCCACCAGAGGGACAGUCAGAUCAAAAACUAAAUCUUUCUUAGCAAAAGAAUGAUGUUAAUCAGAGAGGGUCAAGAGACAUAUAUUGAUUUUUUUUUUUUAAUGCAGUAUGGUGUAAUCUCCUUACUGAGGACAAAGGUAGAGUCAUGGAUGUAGGAUAAAGUGGAUGACUAAGGGACAGAAAAAUCAAUGACAGGGAGCUAGGUAUGAUAAACCAAGUCUGAUUAAAAAAAGCAGAACAAAAAACACCAUUCCAAACUGUCCAAAACCUGAAUUAAAUCUGAACCAAAAUAUUUUUUAGUUUCUCUUCAUUUAUUAUUUGCAUUGUGGUAGGGUUACAGAGCUCUAGUCAUGGACCAGGACCCCAUUGUGCCAGGUGCUGCACAAAAUUUAAUAUCUUUGCCAUCUAUAUUUUUAACGUUUGUGCCUCUCUGCAGUUUUUAUGGUUCUGGCUGAAAGCAUAAGUGCUGGAAUCCUGGGCCUUGUUCCUGCAGUGAGCUCCAUGCAGGCAGAACACGGAGUCCUACUGAAUUCAGUUUUUCUGGCCCUGAGCUGAAAGCUUUCAGGUGGUGUGCAUCACCCUUCCUCUCCUUAGCCUUAUUGGUUCGGAUACUGCAAUUUGCAGAGUUUAACUCUAACUGGAGUGCAACUGGUGACUGCUUGCAGUCAGGAUUGAAUGAAGUUUUUGUACUUUCCAGGAUGUAAGGUGAGAUGAAAUACUGCUAUCUGGGCAAGGUUUUGGUAGCAUCAGAUGUAAAUAUAUUAAGCUGCCAUCUGAAUUAAAGGAACAAGUGACUAGUUUAUUUGUAGAAUGUGUCUUAAUAUUCCAAUAAAAUCAUGACUUACUCUAUACUAGGGCUAUUUAGAUUUGCACUAUCAAACCCUCAUUAUUUUUGGGACAGUUUGAAGUACAUUGAGCAGAAUGCUGCAUCUGACCCCUGGAGUUCACAUCACAUUUAAGAAUUUGGCCAAUGGUUAAAAAAGGUUUACAGUAUUUAAUUUAAAAGAAUCCCUGGUACUGUACCAAUAUAUUUGGAAUAGCAGUUUUAAUGCUACUCUUUCUCUAGUGCAGGGGUGGGCAAACUUUUUGGCCUGAGGCCCACAUCGGGGUUGCAAAACUGUAUGGUGGGCCGGGUAGGGAAGGCUGUGCCGCCCCAAACAGCCUGGCCCCCGCCCCCUAUCCGCCCACUCCCACUUCCCGCCCCCUGACUGCCCCCCUCAGAACCCCGACCCAUCCAACCCCCCAUGCUCCUUGUCCCCUGACCGCCCCCUCCCAAGACCGACUGCCUCGACCCUUAUCCACACCCCCGCCCCCUGACAGGCCCCCUGGGACUCCCAUGACUAGCCAACCCCCACCCCCCUUCCCCGUCCAGUGACCGCCUCCCUUACCCCCAGAACCUCUGCCCCAUCCAACUGCUCCCAGUCCUCUGACUGCCCCCUGGGACCUCCCGCUCCUCACCCCCUUACCAUGCUGGAGCCAGCCAUGCCGCUGCGCUGCCCGGUAGGAGCAGCGGGCCAGAGCGCUGGCGGCGUGGCAUGCUGAGGCUGCGGGGGAGGGGUGACAGCAGGGGAGGGGCUAGGGGCUAGCCUCCCAGGCCAGGAGCUCAGGGGCCGAGCAGGAUGGUCGCGGGCCGUAGUUUGCCUACCUCUGCUCUAGUGCCACAAGAUUUGAGCUCCUGCUAGAAUUGGUUCAGACCCAGUUAUUCAAAUCCAGGCUACUAUUUAAUGUACAGUAGCCUAGAAGUAACCUUGUGCACUUGCUAAAUCAAAAAUAAUCUUGUUUUCUAGGGCUGCUGUUGGAGAGGCUCUUUCCUUUGCCAUUCGUUACUUGUGUACCUGUGAUAUUAAAAAUUGUGAUCUGCCGCCAAAGAGGCAGAGAGCCAAAGCAAUGCUCAUUAAGAGGCAGGUUAUGCCUGGCAGUAAAUUCAGUAGAAAGAUUCCCAUUGACUCCAUGUGGAGUUGGAUUGGGCUCCAAGUGAACAAGGAGGUAAAUGGAGUGCAGCCCCUCCUCAGAUCCCUGUGUAGCAGCAAGGCACAAUUGCAGUCCUUCCAUGUGCCCCAUAAGUUUCAAGAUACCCCAAGUGGGUGAGAACGUGGGUCCAUGGCCCUGUAUACACUAGCCAGCAGAAUAAGCUGGCCAUGCAAGUGAAGUAUAGUGUAACCCCUGGACGGGUGUAACAAUAGGUGCACUCUGCCUGUGUGUCAGGGAGCUUAGGAAGGAGUCAUGUUUUCCUAAGGGCAAAAUUCCUCCCAGAACUCCCUCUGGAGCUGUGCCCCAAUGCAGGGCUCAGUUAAGCCCUAAACAAUAUUAGCAAUCUCAAGCUUUGGGCUUUCCCAUAUCUCAUAUCCUGCACAUGGCUAGAUUAGUAGCAUUCAACUUAUAUAGUUAGAAAAUAUCUAUGUAUAGAUAAUACGUUCUUACCCGGGAUCCCUCUAUGGCAUAGAGUCAAUGCAUGCACAGACAAGCUCAGACUCAGUAUGAGUUUCUGCAAAACUCAUCUUAACCUUUGGCUGAAAGCAUGAGAAAUUCCUGUCUAGCUAGCUAAGCAAUCAAAGGCACUCUCCACUUUGUACUGAUUUUUUUUUUCUUUUCUCAUCUCUUCAAUAGCUUUUGAAUUACAGUGACCACAGAAGAGAAGGGGUAUCCCUAUCUCUGCUCCACAUUGUCCUGGCACGUAAACUAUUCAAUUCUGGCAUUAUCCUGUUUAUUUUUAUGUCCUUGCAACUAUAGCAAAAACCAACUAAAAAUGACUGCUCUGCUCAAAAAUUAACAUUAUUCUUAGCUAAUUUUAUUUCACAACAAAAGACAAACUUAGCAUCUCCAUUGCAUCUUUGCAGAGAUCCAUAAAUGACUGCUGACAGCAAUGCUUGUCACUGGAAGUUUUUAGCCCUGGACUUCUAGAUGUUGUUGUAAGUAUAAUACACUGAGUGUAAUCUGUUCAUUUUGUACCUACAAGAGUUUAAAAGCAUCUAGCAGACCUUGGGCUUUGUGCAGCUAUUUAAUGCAUUGGCUUAACACUCUUACCUCCUUGAUGGGCAAGUGAUAUGCCCUUAAAUAGCUGAAAAGUUCAACACUGAACUGUUUGACCUCUAAAGAUGGCUUUUGGGUAUUAAGGACUAGCUGUGAGAUGGCAGGCUUAUGCAGGAUAGAAGGUUCUGUUGGUGUUGUACUUGUUAAAAUUGGAAGCAAAAUCUGUACAUUUCGCAGAUGAAGAAUGAAUGAAUAAUCUUUAGUCCUGUUCACUUAAAAUUCUCUCCUUGCUGUGGAUUUCUUAACCUACAAGGUAGAUUCCAUUAAAUAACAAUGACGUCCAAAACCACCCACCCCCAAAUCCCCACUUCCUUCGUGCAUGAAAGGAGGAAUUUUAAAUAGAUAGGACUGUACAUAAGGCAGCAUUCAUGAACCCACCCAUACCUGAACAACUGUCUCUUUCUUGCUGCUGCUCUGAUGCCAAGCAUUUGAAACACAGAAUGACCAGGAUUGUGCUAACAAGGAACCUGAAUUGUCUCUUCUUUUGGAGAGGAUGUUGCCUCUAAAUCAAAGUUGUCAUCAUGGCCAGAUCAGCACUGAAUUAGUUUUAACUGGGCCAGAUUCAGUCCUGAUAUAAACAGGUGCAAUUCUAUAGAUUUGUAUUGUCAGAGUCUGAAUUUGGCCCAGUGUGUUUCAUUCAUAUAUUGCCAUUGUUCUAUAUAGGAACUCUGGUUGAUUACAUGGACUUGGCUGUAGAUAAUCAAGGUUCUCCACUUCUGGUGUUGCAGUGCUAGCUAUCAUCUUUAGAAGAACUAAAAUAAGGAUUAACACAUUUACCAUAUGGUAUAUGGUUUUACAGUCCUUCCCACAGCCUUCUUUCUUUUUAACCAUCAAUCAAGCCCGCUGGUAUGGACUUUCUUUCUCAUCCCAUUGCAGGUCAUCAAGACAGGUAUCUGUUGAGAAAGGCAUCUUUUGCUUCCUCAUCAGGUUUGCUCUCACUCUAUGUAACACAGGGUAGGUCAGGUGGUUAAUUGCUGAUUUGAAGCUAAUCCCAAAGCAAAAAAUUGCUUUAGUAAAAAUCCACUAAAUUCAAAUAAAUUAAAUUCCCAUGGCCCAGCUAGGACAGACAGUAGCUCCCUGCUAUGCCUGGUUCAUGAAUGGUGCCCAUUGCUUCUCUUUGUACUGUCUGGUUGGGUUUUUUUUUUUUAAUCUUAAAAGCAAAAGUAUCUUCAGUUUGUUGCUAUAUCAAUAUUACAUAUAUUUAUUGUGUUUUUCAAACAUAAAUGCAAAGUGUGUGUAUGUAUAUAUAUAUAUAUAUAUAUAUAUAUAUAUAAAUGUCAGUGCAUGGACAUAUGUACAGUAGAUAUUUUAAAGAGCUAUUUAUCAAGAAAAAAUAAGUGUUAUAAAGUAAACAGAGUCUAUAUUUUAUAUAUAAUGUAGAUAGCAAAAAAAUAGUGUUUAAAUUCUAGUAGGACUUUUUUUUUUUUAAAGAAAUGGACAGUGACGGUUCUAGCAUUUUAACAGCCAAACUACUUUGUAAGGAAGCUGCCAACUGUGUUUCUCAGUUGCCACAAUAUCUGUCUCUUCUCCUGGAAGGUGAUGUGCAUUGUUCAUUUUAUAUUGCUUGGGGAAUGUAGUUAGUUAUACUCAGCCAAAUGGUAUGUGCUGCUUAAAACAUGGUUUCUGGCUGUUCUGCAUAUUUGCAUUGAUGGAAUAAAAGGAUCCUGAAUGGCAAAUAAAGACAUAAAAGGAGAUGA